GGAAUAUAAUGACUGUAACACCUACCGUUCACAGGCAAGAUGGCGUUGAUUUUGAGCAAUGGAUAUCUGGAGAUUACAAGCACAUAUGAAAAUUCCUGUUCUUAAUCAAAUGGAUAGGUCCUUUAACGUUACCCGUAUGUCGACAAAUCUAAAUUGGUCGAAUGAUUCGUGCAGUGUAUUAUCUCUGAAAUAGAGCAAGCUAAAUUUGCACAUUAGCUAACCAUUACAUCUCAUAAACUUGAUGAGUGUUCUGUUGAAAUCAAAAGGCAAAACAGCAGCUUUCAUUAAUGCGUCUCGUCUGUAUAAAAUUGGUCGCAAUUGAAUGUAUUGAGCAUAAUCUUGGUGUGUAAGUAAUUUAUAGCCAGUGAGUAGUUACACAACAAGCGUGUAUUUCAGAGAUUAAUGAAUAGGAUCAAUCUCCCUCUGAGGGAGAGAAAAAACUAAUUGAAGAGCUGUCGUUCAGGACUUCUGUGUCCUGCCCUAGCACGUCAUCAAAGUUCUCAGYGCAUCAAAUUACCAUCAAGCAGUUAUGUACCACAGACGUCCUUAUCCAGACCCUUGUGGACAGAAAUGUCCCACAUCAGCCGUGAAGAAGAGGAGAGGCAGCACAAAGUGGUUCUAGAAAAUGUGAACACUCUUCUUGCAAAGGAAGACUAUGGAAGACUUUUUGCAGUUGUUCAUUUUGCAAGUCGACAAUGGAAAGUGACAAAUGAGGACCUGAUCUUCAUUGAAAACCACAUUGAUGCUGAAUGUGGUGACCAGAUUAGACUUGAGGAGGUGCUGCUGGUUGGUGGAGAAGAGUUCACACUGAUUGGGAGGCCCCUACUCGGUCGUGAUUUGGUCAGAGUAGAGGCAACUGUCAUUGAGAAGACUGAAUCCUGGCCCAAAGUUCACAUGCGGUUCUGGAAAAGACACAGAUACCAGAAGAAAAUAAUUAUUGUGCAACCACAGACAGUGCUUCGGAUCAACACAAUUGAAGUUGCUCCCAGAUUGACAUGAUGCUAUAUGUUUUGAAUUGUAAAUAAACUUUUGGUCAGUGAAUGUGCCACUGAAAUUGAGAA